GCCUGAGCGUGAGCUUGUCAUUCGGCAUCAAAUGCCCGCCAAGUGAGGUUGUGCCAAGUGCGGUUAUCAUUUGCUACUGCAGUGUGUGCCAUUCGUCGACGAUUUCAACAAGCCAAUUACUGUUUCUAGUUGCCAUAAAGUCGUAAAUAAUUAUGAUCUUCGCUAGAAGGUGGCAAGUGCUACUGGCAGCGUCCCUGUUAGUCGGCUACUGUUUCGCUGACGACAACCUGGAACGAAGAGAGAAACCUGAAAGAGAAGAGAGACAGACACAUAACGAGGUUGCCGAUGCAACGAAAUCAGCCAGCAAAGAGACAACGCAAGUGAGGAUAGGAAGUGCAGCGGUCAAGAAAACGGCCAAAAAUGCUGAUCUGCUAAGGAAGUUAGGACUAGUGAAGCUGAAGGGUCCCUCAGCCAGUCAUCAUAGGAAGAGACUUGCGAGUCAGUCAAGGGGAGCUCGUCCAGGAGAUUCUCAUGUGGUGGUAGUGAAACUUCCUCCAGCGCCCCACUACUACACACACAGUCGUCCGCUGACUCAGCCGUUUGACAAGCUGGGUGUCGGCUUCUUCUCCAACGGACGUCCGGCGCGCAUCAGUCCACUCAACCUGCCAUUGGCUGAGAAAUCACUGCAGGCAAGACGAGCCCGUCCCAACAUCCAUCCAUAUCCAAACACUCAUUCCAGUCUCCAUCCUAACGCACAUCCUAACGCUCAUCCUAGCGCACAUCCUAGUUCUCAUCUUAGCUCUCAUCCUAGCUCUCUUAUCAACAUCCAUCCCCACUCCUCGUCAUCUACAGCCCAGAAAUGGCAAAGCACCUUAGACGUGCACGACUUCCGUCAUGACGACGACCUCGCCCAGAUGCAUGCUGUCUCCUACUACAAGCCGAAAGGACCCACCAAGAAGGCUUUCCACAAGUACCUGGCCGCCAACGGGAAACUGCACUCGUUCUACGUCAUGUCCACUCACAAGAAGAAGAAGAAGAUUGCCUGAAAAUUGCGUCAUCACAGUUCUUGGCAGAGCACCUCUUAUCUGAUACCAACUCAUGAAAGGAAAAGGAAGAAGGAAAACCUUGAACGGAAAAUUCCCGUGGAUUUCUCUGCUCUGUAAUGUUUGUAUCAAUGAGACUGUUCAAAGCUUCCAAACUUGUUCAUAAUCGUUUUAACUCUUCUAGGAUUGUUCAAAACCGACUCGUGAGGUUAAGAAAGUGUAAAAAUUGGUUGGAAAUCUCCCAUAAACAUCUCUGCUUUGUAAUUAUCCAUCAAUGAAACUAUUCAAAAACUAUUCAACGCUGUCUAAUAGAAUUCAGUUCAGAACCGACUAGUGAAAGAAGAUAAGUGAGGAAAGGAGAGAGAUUCUCCAAAACUCGUGUUUAGAAACCUGGUAGAAAACAUGAAAUGAUUGUCCAGAAAAUUUCUUCUGAAAUCAAUACUUUUGAAGAUAUUUAUCAUUUGAUCGAGAAGUAUCGUUUGAACUUAUUUAAUACACUCAUACACUAUAAAAUACUUUUAUCAAUUCACUCUUUUCAAAUAGAACUUGAAUUUGCUGUCAAGUUGAAAGAAAUGGAGAAACUCCCAAAUGUGAAACUGAACUUUCUAAAUGUGAGUACUGAAAAAAUACUAGUUUGUGGGAAAAUCUGUUAAUAUUCUGAAAAACUCAGUGGAAAGAACAUGAAGAAAUAGGUAACUAGACGAGAAAAGAUAAUCUUAAAGAAUGCCAUGUUCCAAGAUAAACUAACUACCCUGCGAAGAAUACCAGAAAAUCAUUCUUGUUCGAUCUACUACUCGUAGGCCCAUGCUGUUCUUCAACCAAAAUUAUUGAACAAGAAGAACCAGAAAUCUACCAAAAGUGGUAGGAUUUUCAGUUUGUAUUGGCAAUAUGCUAUCCUCCAUAACAGUAAAUUUUGUUCCAUCUGUAUGAGUAUUCAUCAGUUCAUGGUAAUAUAAGAAAAUAAUUUCACCAGAUCACGGUUUCAUCAGUGACUCAUAGCUCAUUAGUGAAUUUAUAAAAUCAUCUUAUAUUUGUAGUACCGGUAGACGGGAUAGAUCAUCACUAAGAUGAGUAGAAGAAGAGUAGCUUGCAAUUAUUAUUAACUUUUCACUGGUAGAACUUCUAAAUUACUAAACAAUAUUAGUUCUCAUUCAUUGCAUAUUCUUGUCCUUCCCUUAUCCACGAAAUGGUAGUUCAAUUGUUUUUUUCAGAUAACGUUAAUUUCGUACCUACUUCAUUGGUCUAAGAUUAGAAAAUGUAGAACGUAUCAUACAAAUUAAGAGACCAGUACAGUACUAGUUGGUGUAAACACAGAAUCAAACCUUUAAAUAAAACUCAUUUCCCAUUUCUAGGAUUGUUCUAGGGUAAAAUGGUUAUUAAACUUCUCAAUUCUGUAAUUAUAGUGUAAAUAGUUGAUAUUAUUAAGUUUAAAUUAUUUGAUACAUCAAUAUAUAAUUGACAUUAUCUCUUGAAUGUGUUGUUGCAAAUAGUUGUAAGAUGUUCAGCAUUGUUAUUAAUACUGUAAUAUUCCUCUCUACCAUAGAAAUUCCAUUUUUUCUAGUAGUUCCAUGCAUCAUAGAAUGAUUCCCAGAAGGUUUCAAUUAUUCGAGUCAUAUUCCCUUUUACACCGUAAAUUAAUCGAGUUAUAUUCUCUUUUACACCGUAAAUUAUUCGAGUCAUAUUCUCUUUUACACCGUAAAUUAUUCGAGUCAUAUUCUCUUUUACAUAGUAAAUUAUUCGAGUCAUAUUCUCUUUUACACCGUGAAUGAAAAUAUACAUGUUCGAUGUUGUUGAAAUACAUUGUGAUUUUUAAAUGAGAAACAUUUAUAGCAUUAUGAUUUUAUGAGUAAUCUCUACAAGACUGGAAUCUAUUUUAUACUCGAAAAAUCAUUCCAUAUAAGAGUCUUUCUGAAAUCUUAUUAGUAAAACCACAGAUUACAACAUAAUAUAGAAUACAUAUAGAAUACAACAUGUAGUAUAUGCUGUAUUCUGUGGUAAAACCCUUGCUCAUCAUGAAUAUUUAAUCUACAAGAAUUGGACAAGAACCAAAUCUUAAUUUAUGGAUAUAUUUUGAAAAUAGUUUUCACAAUUCUUUACUCAAAUAGUGUUAUCCUUCAUUCACUGAAGCAAUUUGUCUAGAAAUAAUCCUCUACUGGGAAGGAUUUACCUGAUUGGUCAAACCUCUACGAACAUGUUAGAAUUUUUAUCAAUAUCAAUAAAUCCAAAUUUCUGAGUAUUAUGUGUAUUGAGGGAUUUUUGGAAUGAUCUAAUUAUCAUUUCAAAGGAAUUGAAGACUUUUCUUCAAGACUAAGUUUAAUUAAGACUAAAGCUGAAUUGAAGACCAAGUCUUGAGCGCACUGACACAGGAACGAUUAAAGCAAUGUUAACCAUUUAACGACUUUAGAAUUGUCCCGCUCCCGCGUCCCGCGUCUCAUAGGCGUUUUGAACACUCUACAGUAUGAUCCUAAUUAUAAAUAAAUAUCCGAUUCACACUUACAGUUUUCUCGAAAGAGAACUGACUAUAAAACGGUUAUUUCCAGUAAACUAUCUAACCCAAAUACUGUACCAAUUGGAAGUAAGUUAAGCUAACCAAAAACAAGGCCAGAGCUUUUUGCAACGAUGCAGACUUUAUAAUUAUGUGGCGAAUUGCAACUACAGUACUAUUAAAAUAAUUAACGCCUAGAGAAACAGGAUCAAAAAACGAGUUCUUCUAACUUAACACAAAACCAGUGAAGCAUCUUAUCAAUUAAUAUAGAUAUACUAGAUUCAUAUAAUGUAGUAUUAUAGAUAUAUGCUCAACCGCUGUGAAACUACACUAUUAUUCUGCCAAUCCAUCCAACAAGUUUAUAAGUUAACUGUUACUAACUCAAUUUAAAGUGGGAUCGCGAUACUUGGUUACGCUUAUUCAGCUUCCUGUUCCUUGGGAGUCGAUCUUGCACCUAAUAAAUUAACUAACGAGUAUCGCCUCUAUUGUAUUGCAACUGUGUUAAUUGAGCAGCUUGUUAAGUUAUUUAUCAUGUGAGGCAGCGCUGGUGAACCGUGAAUAUACUUUAUGGGAAUCUAGUAAGGUGGUAUAGCAAGAUGUUGGUUGAGAAAUUAAUAAGAAAUUCCGGUUUUAGAUAGAUGUGUUACAGAGUAAUACAUGCAAGCUGAGUGGAAAAUUGAAGCUUGGAGGAUAGGGUGAGAGAUUAAUAAGGGAUUUGAGUUGAGUUUCGACAUGUGGGUUGAAGAGAGAAAUAUUAGUAACAUAUUCAUUCAUUCAUUUGUUUAUCCAACCAGAAGAAAGUAAACAUGAUAUAACUUUUUGAAGAUAGUGAAAAAUUGGAAGGAAUUUAGAGGAAAAGAAUUUAUAGGUGCAACAGAGGAAAUAGAACUCUGUAAGGAAUGGAAAUAGGGCGAAGGAAACAUUUCAAACUCAAUAUUAUAGUGAUAACUACAUGAGCUCCAGAAUUUUUAUGAAGCUUAUAAAAUAAUCUUAAAAUGUAUGUAAUUCAGGGCUACUUUUUUAUUUAUAAAAUAGCAUUGUAGUACCCUAUUUUUGGAAUUAAUAUGAAAUAAUUGAUUGAAAACACAAAUUAAAACUACUAGUUUCGAUGAUGAAACAUCAACUGGAAGAUGAUGUGGAACAUCGAACUAGUUUUAACUUGUGUUUUUAAUCUAUUAUCUUAUAUUAAUUAAAAAAAAGCUACUACAAUGUUAUUCUAUUAAUAAACUAAUCAAAUCAAUAUAUAUUCAUUGAUGACGUUGAAAUGUUUUAAAAUUCCAAAUAAACGUGAUGAAAUGUCAAGCAAUAUAAAUGUUUACUUUUCAUUUUUUUCUAGGAUUUCCAGUCAAGUAGAGAACUACAUAGUUUCAUAAUGCUUUUGUGCCUGUAAUCUUUAGCAAUAACAUUUUCAGGAAGUUCGCUCCUACUUUUCUUGUCUCUAAGACUGCUUUAUUUAGACUGCUCUUGACUGCAUGAAUCUCAUAAAUUUAAGAAACUUUUUACAAAAUUUUUGACAAUUUUAAUACAAUUUUUCAACAUGUUUUUGUGAUUAUUCAAGCAGUUGUUAACAUUAAUAAAUUAAUAUACAUUCAAAGACUGCUUCAAACUUCCAUAUCAUGAUAAAUUUUGUAUCAACAUCUCAUACAAUUUUAUACUGAGAAUCUUGUAAGAUAUUUUUGCUGAACAAUUGUAUCAUAAAAAAUUAUUACUGUGUAAUCAUUAGUUAUAUCGAUAGACUAACUAAUUCUAAGUUUAGGUUUAGCUUCAUGCUCAUGGGCAAUGUUAUGGCCAUGAUCAUGUGAAUGAAUCAAAACUUAAUUUUAUACUUUCAUAAAUAAAAUUAUUAAAUUGUA